CGUUAUCCGACGACGAUGACCCCACUUUUAGCUGGAGGUUUCCCAAACCUUCCUUCCCAAUAAUGCUUAUCGAUUUAAUCACCAAAACAAGAUAAUUUUUCAAAUGCUGAGACACACCUAACACUUAACCGUCUAAAUCCAAAACAAAGAAAGUAACUGUCUCAAACCAAUCCAGCUCGCAGGGAGGAAGAGUGAUUCCCCGCGAAACUUCCUCUGCUCUCCCAAAGUCACCUUCGUGGUGGGGCCAUGUCCACGUUCCUCCUUGGUCUCUUUCUCCAUUAAACCAUCCAUGGUGCUGGAAUCUUUUACAUCUUCAUGAUCUGCAAUCCUAGUUCCAUCAAUUUAAUAGCAGCCAUUUGCAACCCCGGCCCAGACAGCAUUAUUAACUCUGCCUCUCUCUUCCCUCCACGCCUUCACUCACUCCGGCUUUUGACUCUCCCUCCCUCCCUCUCUCUCUCUCUCUCUCUCUCUCUCUUGAAAUAUUUGACUUCCUUGAAUCGGGCUGUUUUUUCUGGCUGCCCACUUCUCCGAUUUUGCUACAAGACUCUGGAGAUUUCCAGCUGGAGCGGAUCAUCAUCGUACAUGGUACAUCUUCUUCUCUGUGUUUUGAACAGAGAGAAUACAAAGAUUCAACCUUUGGGCUUUCUUUUCCCGUCUUCCUCUUUUGCUGCUGGGGAAUAUGAAUAGAUCAGCGAGGCAACAAGUAGAGAGAUGCAGGAAGGCCUUUUCCUGUAGCUGGUGGUGGUAUCAUGGUUGAAUCAUCGUCACCUUCUUCCUCUGCUUGAUGCCCUUGAGCCAUCUGGAAGGAAAUUGGACAAUUUGACUUGUUUCGUCCUCUUAGCUAAAGAAAAAUGUCAGCAUAUGCACACCAAAUGGACAGGGAGUUCUCUGCUGGCAGCCUCUCCAGUGGGGAAGAUUCUGAAGAGAUGAGAAGCCGAUAUGUGAUGGAGUCGGGAUUCUACAUGACAUCAUUCGCUGCAACAAUGUUCAUUGCUCUCCUUGUCACGGUAGGAGUGUUGAUGAUCAGCCUGCUCAUUCUACUGACAGUAAUGCUCCAAUCCUGCGAGAACAGGAGCAAAGGAGUCAUCGAGCAGAUGACGCUACAACAACGGCCCACUACUAGCUUUUUGAAGAGUUACCACAACUGCAGAAGCUUUGCAGAGCUCAACAACCUCAAAUCACCAGACUUAUUACCUCCAAUGUGCUGGGAUCGUAUUGUUGAUCACCACAAUCAGCCAGUCGCAGGUGGUGAAUAUGAGAGAGACUUGACGGCUAGUCUCUGGGUUGUCGAGGGAUACUUCGAUGGAGUCAAACCUUCUGAUGAUAAUGGUCAAGAUGCUGUGGUGUUGAUUGACAUAGACAACAGCAUUAUCUUCAACUCCAAACAGUUUCGGCAACAAGUGCUGCUUCUGAGAGUGUACAAGAAACUUCAAGCUAGUGGAUGGUCGCUAGUUUUGGUAUCUAGAAAUCCAGAGAAGCAAAGAAAUGGCACUGAGGAGCAACUCGUUUCUGCAGGAUAUGGAGGUUGGUCCUCAUUGGUUCUGAGACCAGAUGAUGAAAUGGAGCAUUCUACAACUGAAUACAUAUCAAGACAAAGAGUUCUUAUGGAGACGAGAGGCAUUCGGGUUGCAGCAAUUAUCAGCAGCCAGAUGGAUGCUCUGACUAAAGGUCCUUCAGGUUCAGGAACACGUGUCUUCAAGCUUCCAAACCCAGUAUACUACUACAAUGACUACUUUCAAGAUUUCAGGAUCUCAACAGAGCUGCCAGAAGAGACCGCUUUGACACAGUGACUGAUUCCCUAUUAAUUAGCAUCCUGGUUACCAAUCUGCAUUUGUGAAUUGUUGUAGCUCCCAGCUUGGAAAUUCUGUUGUAAAUGCGAGAAAUGCUGUUAAUAUAUUAGAUAGAUAAGUUGAUCGAUAGUUGCUUUAUCGAAAGAUCAUCAACUGCAGGAAUUGUUUGCUACAUAAACAAGAUUCAGUCUAAUGGUGAAAAGAACGAGCUCGUAGCACCAGCCUCCUCAACCACGCAAUCCGAACACUAGGGUUUUUCAACUCAAGAAAGAUUUCUCUGUACUCUUUCUUCAUGAACAUAUCCAAUGCGAAUAAAUAGAGUUCACUCCCUUGCUCUAUCUCUUUCAUCCCAUCGAGACGUUCAAUGCAGUCCCCAAUGCUGUAACUUGGUCUGGAUUCUGCUGUCUGAGUUUUCACAAAACCUACAUCAUAUUGCUGC